AUGGCAGCUCUUCCACCUCCACCCCCGCCGCAAUGGGUUGUCACGCUUAACUCUCCUAUGCCCCGUCCCACCAAGGCGGCCUCUAGCAUCCCGGAUCCACCUGGUUUCUCAAGCAGUCGUGGCCAUGGUAAACAGGUGAGGCCUCCGCAAUCUCACGAAGCUCCCAGGAGUGUACUAAAAAUAAAUCAGCGUCAACAAGAGCAACCCGUGGCGAGGAAACCCGAAGAAACAGACGCCUUGAAGCUGAAGAAGGCAUGGGAGAUUGCCAUGGCCCCAUCUAAGCAGAUUCCUAUGAACGCAAUCAUGAUGUACAUGUCCGGCAAUAGCCUUCAGAUUUUUAGCAUCAUGAUGGUUUUUAUGCUUUUCAAGGGUCCUAUCCAAGGUCUAUUCAACAUUAAUGUGGCAUUUGCCAAAUACGAAAGCCCAUCGACUCGCACGCGCUUAGUUGGAGUGAAGGCGGCUUAUGUGGCCAUGCAGCUUGUGCUGCUAGGGUUGGGAAUUUGGAAAGUCAAUGCCAUGGGACUUUUCCCAAAUACGAGAUCGGACUGGCUUGCAUGGGAAUCGGAACGGCAGCCAUUGGAACAGGCAUCUUUUGCUUUCCGGUGA